UCAGCUGGAUUAACAUGGCUGCGCCCUUAAAGAUUGUAGCAUUUGGAUGAAAUUUGGUUUGGUGACUGAUUUUCGGAUAAUAAAUGGUUCAAAAGGUAUUUUGAAAAAUUAAACCUUAUUAAAAACUAAUACCACGCUAGUUCUUUGAAAACACUGUAUUUGUGUAAUAUAAGUCGUUCAGGUCUCAAUACCGUCUGAGGCAAUGUCGUGCCCUUUUAAGUUUGUUUUUCAUCUAGUUCAAACUUGUAUUUGAUGGCUAAGGGUAUUCCUCUAAUAUAAUAACAAUAUAUUGCUUAGUACCCUAAAGUGCUCGUCAGUAAAGCAGUCUAUACGUAUCGUGUGAGCACAGAAGCUUCCACAUGCAGGCAACUUCUACUCGGCAGGAGCUUCGUGAUAAGCACCUUGUUAUGAGUGAAGCUGAGGGGUUGCUGCUCUUUGUAAACAUUCUGGAUAGUGCAUUGUUUUUAUUCAUUAUCCUUCAUCACUGGAUCAGCACACUCAACAGGAGCAGGACAUAUAUUAUUGAUAACGAAUAUGACUCAAGACCAAAGCAUAGCUUUCACAGCCAGGGACGGAGACACGUUACAGUAUACGAGUCUCAGUCUCAUAGAACAACAAGGAGCAUGCACUGAACAGAUUUAUAUGUGACUUAACUCAAAGCUGAUGAUGAAAAGAUAUAUAUUUAUUAGUUGCUAAAAAACAUAAAUAAUGACUCUUCCAAGGUCAGCUGUUAGGGUGGUUAACUUGGGACAGAUUCCUUAUGGACGUGCCCUGCAGGUCCAGCAACACUACGUCCGUCAGCACCUGGAUUCUCUCACCUGCCCCCACGACCAGCGGCCAAACACCCUCCUCUUGUGCGAGCACCGUCCAGUGUACACCGUCGGCAUCAGGCAAGCCCCUUACCCUUCCGAGGAGGAGGAGAGACUGAAGGGCCUUGGGGCUGAUUUCUUCCGGACUCGUCGGGGUGGACUGAUAACCUUCCACGGCCCCGGGCAGUUAGUGUGUUACCCCAUCCUCAGUCUGGGCUGCUUUAAGAAGAGUGUCCGCUGGUAUGUUUGUGAGUUGGAGAGGACUGUGAUUAACCUGUGCAGUAGGUUUGGGAUCAAAGCUUCUACAUCCCCUGACACAGGGGUGUGGGUAGGGGACAAUAAGAUAUGUGCUAUUGGAAUACACUGUGGAAGGUACAUCACCUCGCAUGGCUUAGCGUUGAACUGCAACACUGACCUGACCUGGUUUGAGCAUGUUGUCCCCUGUGGGAUUGUGGGUAAGGGAGUUACCACCUUGAGUCGGGAACUGGAGAAGGAGGUUUCUGUCUCGGAGACCACUCAGCCCUUUCUUGAAGCCUUUGCAGAGCAGUUUAACUGCACUCUGUCUUUUCAAGAAACUGAAGGUCAAAAAGAAUAAAUGAUCCUCAUGAACAAAAAUACGCACAAAGCAUUUUUAUUUUUGAGCCUGUGUUGCCUUAUUUUUUGUAAAGCAUAAGAUUCCCAAAUCAACUUUUUUCCCCCAAGCCUCUGCCUUAAAAUUUCUCCUAAUAUUAGAAACAGAAAGGAUUUGAAGAUGCAGCAUCCAUGUGAAUGUCUCUAGGAAUGCAUCCCUGUCCUCAUGUUGUCAUUAGGUGAUAUCAAAUCCUAACUGUAUUGUUUGGUGCAGUUUGAAUUACCCGGACUGCACCGUUAGAUCCUUUGCUGCCAUCUGCUGCCAUAAAAUUAUAUUUCAGUUUACAGUCAGUGGAUAGCGUUUUAGCCAAAGCGACAGAUGGAACUUGAUUUGAUUGCUGCACUGUACAAUAGAGAGUACCGGUCAUUAUUACUGCUUGUAAAAUGUGACUUGUACAAAACCUUAAUAUAUAUUUUUUUUAAAUCAUUAAUAUUAAUAAAACAUGUUUAUAUAGUCUAGGACUGUUGUUUAUCUACACAAAACAAAUGAACGUUAUUGAAUAUUAUCACCAGCCUAGUCCACCAAGCACAUAAAGAUUGGCCUGUGAUCUUUUCUGCUGUCACCCUUUAAAUGUCUGUAGAUCUGACUUCUAAAUUACCAGGUAACUCUUCAACAACUGAAGUGUUAUCAUUUUAUUGACAGAAAGGGGUUUGCAUGUUGGCUGCACUUUACAGUGGUCUUUGUUAUAUGCCUCAGACACACAUACAGUAUUCUGGCAUGCCAGAGUUCUAAUAGGAAAUACAGUGCUUAUUACUCCAUGAGGAAACUAGCACUACUAAGAAAAUUACUAAAAAUAUCUGUGAUUUACAUAGAUGGCUUGUUUUUUUUCCCUAUAAAGGGUUAACUGAAAUGCUUGGGGGUGGGAAUUUGUUUUGCAGUGUUUUUAGUGGGUGUAUUUGUUCUGCGUGUGUGUGUGGCAGCAUGCUUAUAGGUAGCACUAGUUAUACACAAAGGAUAGACUCGUGAGAGCCUGCGGAUCAUUUCACAUUUCAUGGACAAGGUUCUUGACAAAGAAGAAAGACACAUCUGUAAUCAGGUAAAGCAGAAUCAUGCCUGUUUCAUUGAUACAGCACACAGUUAGAUACAUUAAAAGUAAAACAUCAAUUGAUCCAGUACUUAUAGCAGGUGAUCAGAGUUUGUAAUUUUGCACAGUAUAUAUAUAUAUAUAUAAAACAUUACUUAAGUUAACAUUACAGCAUCUGUUCCAUGGCUAUUUGAUUGAGGAUGUUCUUUGGUUUAGAAGUAUGUGUGUUAGGGUUUACACAUCCAAAUAAAAUCACAGCUUUUUGUCUUCUCGGAAUUAAUUCAUGCAACAUGUGAAGUUUUUGUCAAUGUAAAGAUUUGAAUUGUUUAAAAGAAAUUGCACAGUAGUUGAUCUGAUGAUACUUACUCACUAUAAUUACAUUUCUCUAAACUAAAAAUAGCAUUUAAAAACAUGAAUACAUAUAAUAAAUAGAAGCAGAGGAACAGCGGAGUUUGAUAUUUGUAAAUGAAACGGUUGUUUUAAUGAAUAGUUCUGUAAAUGAAAGGCGGGGGCGGUGUUGCCAGCACAAAUCUGAUGCUUAAAUAAUUUGCACUUGAACACAGAUCAUUUAGUGUAAAGGGUAAUGUUAUCCCUGGUAUGUAUUUUGUAAAAUGACAAACUGCACAGUUGCUAGCUGCAUGGAUUAUGAAAGGGAUGAUAGUUCAAAUCAUAUAGCAAUUUAACCUUUAAACCAGAAACACCAUAAAAUAGGGCAAUGUAAAAAAUAAAACUAUAAUUUGUGGCUAUUGAAGCUACAUGUUCUCUUUAAUAAAUCCAGAACACUCUCAAGCUUCUCAUUAGUUAUAGAUGCUUUCAUUUUCCAGACUUAAGUUGUUUUUUUUUGUUUGGUUUUUUUUAACUCCCUGCAUGUUCAUUUCACUUUAAUGGAAGUUGAAUUUCAUGUGGGAACUUCUAAACAAUUAUCAAAGAACCCCACACUUUGGCGAUAAUCUAACUACUUCAGAAGGUGCAUAGAAGUGUUUGCACACCUUCAAGUGGUUAGAUUAGCACAGAACUGAAACAUUACAAUGGACCUAUUCAAAGGAAACAUUCUAUAGUAAAUAAAAGUUUAUCAAAGGCAAUGUAAUGUGAACAAAAAAACCCAGAAAAAGUAAACAUGCCACAAUCACGGUGGAACACAAUACUGAAUUAUUGACUGUGUAUCGCAGAGGCUAGUAUUUGUGGUUGCUGUGUUGGAUGCAUUUUUCAAGUGUGCUCAACUAUUCUUGAAACAGUUUAAUUUAAUUGUAUUGAUCAGGAAUUUGAUCAAUGCACCUGCAUCACCAGUUACAUGUUAUUCCACAAUGUCAGUACUGUAGUGCUGUAGUUCCCCUUUGUAAAAGCACUGUAAAAGCAUGACUCAUUGUAAAAUGAGAGACAUGCACAAGCUCAAUCAGCAGCUAAAAAGGGGAAAUGGCUAAUAAGUUAACGUCAUGCACUUCCCUCCAGUAUGUAGGUUACAUAACGUAUGUGCGGUUUAAAAAAAAAAAUGUACAGUUACUGCAAAAAUGCAUUUUACUCAAAAUGUGAUUGACUGCAAAGCAUGUCGGGCAGUAGGGGAAGUAGCUGGUUAUUGACAGGAAAGAAGAAGCUGAAGUGGGGAGUGCAGAUUUCUAAGCAUGGUAUGGUUCAGGAGAUUCAUUUUUAAAAAUAAAAUACAUAUUUACAUGGAUGCCAAAGAAACCCACACUUCUGACUAGUAAGAUCUUUCUUUUCUGUAUCUAUAACCCCAAACUGUGUGUAUCUUC